AUGCGCAUUGAAGCAUCCGUAGGAAAACAUUUUAAACGGCAAUUGAAGUUUACUCUUGAUAAUAAUACGGUAACUCUAUCCGAUAUACAUUCUAUCAAGUUAAAUAAUAAUGAACUUGAACAACUUCCAUUUCAAACUACUGAUUUAACUAUUCGUCAAGCAACAUCUCAGUUCAUUUUAAUCGAAUCAAAAGAUAUGCAUAUUGCUUAUGAUGGAAAUGCUGUUUAUAUUACAUUAGAAUCAUUCUAUCGAGAACGUAUCCGUGGUCUUUGUGGAUCGUUUGAUUACAAUCAAGAUAAUGAUUUACGUUUACCAAAUGGCGAAUUAACAUGUGAUACGCAUAUUUUUAGUCAAGCUUAUUUAAUUAAUGAUACAGCAGAGUCCAGCAAUAGUUCAGAAGUAGCUGUACCAGAAAAAUUCGAUCGAGAGGAAGCUGAAAAACUUUGUCAUCAAAUAAGAGAUAAUGUUUGUAAAUCUGGUGCAUAUGUUCAUGGACUUCUUUCAUCUUGUAUCGAAGAUCAACGUUUUAUACAAAUUACUAUGAAUAGCCGGGCUUCUUGUUAUUGGCAUUCAAUAUUUGCUCAUGCAUGUGCUUUGAUUGGUUAUGAUAUACCACAAAAAUAUAUAAAGUGGCGAGAUGAAUGUCAAUUAAUUUUCAGUAAAUGUGGUGCUGGAACUAUAUAUGAAGAAUGUCCUCAUUCAUGUUUAAAUACUUGUUCAGACAGAGAUGAUGAACAUGAAUUAAAUUCUGUUUGUAGACAACAAUGUCUUGGCGGUUGUGUUUGUGCUAAAAAUAAUUAUUAUGAUACAAAUCAAAGUAGACGUGAUCCAUUAAAAUGUAACAAGGAAUCAGAAUGUUCAUGUUUUGACGAACGAACAAAAUCAUAUCAUAAACCUGGUUCAAUUAUUAAACAUGGUCAAUGUUCAACUUGUAUUUGCCUACGUGGUCAAUUUCAUUGUAAUAGCGAUAAAUGUAAUAAAUCGAAAAUUAUUUGUCCUAAUAAUUUGAUAUUCACGGAAACAAGUUUGGCUUCAUGUCCAAAAACAUGUUCGAAUCAUUUAAUAUGGAAAAAUUGUCAUAAAUAUCAAUCAGGAUGUGAUUGUCCAGAAAAUAUGAUUCGCGAUGAAAAUACAAAUAGAUGUGUAUUUCCUAAACAUUGUUCAUGUAAAUUAAGGGAUAAAAUAUUUUCAUAUGGUUCGAAGAUUACGCAAGAUUGUAACGAAUGUACAUGUGUAUCAGGACAAUGGUCAUGUACUGAAGUAGAUUGUUCACAUACGUGUAGUAUUUUACGAAAUACACAUUAUACAACAUUUAGUGGACAAUAUUUAAGAAUUAAUAGUGGUUCAUGCGAAUAUACUGCAGCUCGAUUUAAACAUGAUGCAAAAAAAUUUACUCUCAUAUUGAGUAAUAAUGCAUCCACUAAACAUGCUCAUUCAUUACAAAGCCGUUUGAUUAUCAAUGGAACACACAUUUCAUUGGCAUCGAAUAAAUCCAUUCGUGUAAAUGAUACAACUCUUACAAUAUUAACAGCAACACCCAUACGUUAUUCAUCAUUUGCAAUUUAUAAAGCUGGAUCAUUUGCCAUCAUUAAGGGAAAUCAUUUUAUCGUUAGAUGGGAUUUUGGUAAUCGAAUUUAUUUAACCAUUGGUAAUAAAUGGAAAAGAAAAUUAGAUGGUGUCUGUAGUGAACAUGGCCGUCCUAACAAAGGCAUAAUUAGAAAAAAGGAGAAAUAUAUAAAUACAUGGAAAGUCAAUGAUAAAUGUAAAGUUGAGAUAAGUAAACCAAAUGACGAUGACGAAAAAUGGAGAUGGGCUCAUAAUAUAUGCGCUAAUAUUUGGAAUGAUAGUUCAUCAACGAAAAAUCCAUUUUCUUCUUGUUUGAAUAAAUUCAGUCAAGAACGUCGAAAAACUUUAUAUGAACAAUGUAUGGAAGAAACAUGCGGUUGUGUAAUUGAUAGUUAUGAUUGCCCUAACCUUUGCUCAUGGUUUGCUUCUUUGUCAGAACUCUGUUGUAAAGAAGCUCAUCCAAUUGAGUAUUGGCGAAAUGAUGAAUUUUGUCCUUUGACAUGCGGAGAAAAUGAAGAAUACAAAUCAUGUGGAACAUUAUGUCAAAAAACGUGUAAUGAUCUAGACACUACAUCCACGAUAAAAUGUUACAAUGAUACAUAUAAUGAAGGAUGCUAUUGCAAAGAAGAUUAUGUACUCAACGACAACGGUGAUUGUGUUAAACUAUCAGAAUGUUCAGACAAAAAAACUCAACAACUAUUGUCGACUAUUCGUCCUUCAAUUGAACCUGAAACUAUUGCGACACCAUCUUCGACAGAGACCCCAUCAGAUUUCACCGGUAAGUUCUCAUAUAAAAGUAAAUGAAUUAAAUUUAUUCUAUUUCUUUAAAUUCUAAAUUGAGUCACUCGUCAGAGAUGUGCAAGACCAAGCUCUUUUUAGUUUUGGUACUGGUCUGGUUCCGAUCAUUAUCGUGUCAACUCUGGUCUUGGUCCGUCCCGCUCUUCGUCCCCACUUAGAGAAAACUAUUGAAUAGUGAAUAGUUUAUUCGCAUUAAGCCUUAAAAAGUCCUUAAAUACGCGCGCUUUGAUAAGGAUGAAUGAUCCUCUCCCUCUCCUCCCGUAUUGUGCAUCUCAGCGAACAUUUGGUUAGAAAUGAAAGUCGAGCUUUUUCAGCGCUUAAAUAUAGGGAAAUACACUUCGAAAUAUAGUCUAUCUUAUGGUAUAAAUAAUUUUGUUCCAAAUCUCAAAGAAACUGAUAAAGCAACUACCCAAAAAUGAGGCUGGAAAUCGUGACGUCACAGGGGAAAAUUGAUAUCUGACAAAAUUAAACUGUUCAAUAGACAAAUCAAGUACAUUUUCUGAACCUGCAAUCUGAGCUCUAUACAAUGGUAAAAAAUAUGUUUUAAUUUGCACGUUUAACUUUUGAUAACAAAAAAUGUUUUCUACAGUAUCGUUCGAACAGCUAGUCCCAUAAAAUGAGCAAUCCAUCCACAUUUAACCUCCAAACUUUUCUCAAUUUUGCUAGAAUGUUCUCCUAUCAACUGUUUCUAAUUGUUCUUAGCGCAAAUAUUUCUGGUCUUCACAGUGGGUUUCAAAAAAAAAGCUAGGUUUUUCUGGCUUUCAGAAAAAAGAUUUAAUUGACAAAAAUUAUUAGUACGAUUUUUUUUUCGAUGAAAAAUAAUCAAAAUAAGAGCUUUUCCAGAUUUGAUGGAUAUCAAAAGAAUCUUCAUGUCUUCUAGUAUUUACACUAUAGAAAUCAAGAUUAUUCACUGAAUCUAUGCAAAAUUAUAGGUCAAUCUUUGAAAACCAUGGAUAUUUUUACACAAGAAUUAUUCGUACGAUACCUAUGAGAGUGAAAUUUUGGUCCUUCAUGAGAUAAAAACAUUUAAUUAUAAACUUAUUAGAUUUAAGAAAGAAUUAGUGAUAGAUUCGUAAUGUUUUUUUUUAUAGCUAUGAUUCUAUUGAAUAAGGAGAGUUAGUUAUUGAAAAAGGCUGAACCUUUAUUUUGAAAUAUCUUCAUAAGAAAAUCCGAAAUUAGAAUCUUUU